ACAGCCUGUAAUUUCAUUUUUAUUUUGUGACAUUUGGUCUGUCAAGCAAGGAUGAAGUUUCACUUUGCAUUUCUGUUUGUCUGUUUCACAGCACUACAAGCCAGGAUCAUAUUGAAUCCAAAUUAUUUUGAAGGAGAUAUUAUCUUAUCUCCAGAAGAAAGAAGAAAUAUUUACAAACCGAAUAACAAGUUUGGUGCUUCUAAGAAAAAAUGGCCUUCAAAAACAAUUGUGUACGAAUUUGCUGCAGAUAUCGAAAAAGAAAUUGGCGCGAAACAAGCCAUUUAUGCCGCCAUUAAUGAAUAUCAUCGCCAUACUUGCUUAAAGUUUGUCAGACGUACAACACAAUCAACCUACAUGGAGUUUUAUAAUGGACAAGGGUGUGGUGCACCUCUGGGAUAUCGCAGUGGUCGAAGUAAAAUCUCCUUGCAAGGACCAGCUUGUUGGAAGAAGGGAAGUGUCAUGCAUGAAAUUAUGCACAGUCUCGGAUUUUACCACGAACAAUCUAGACCAGACCGUGACAAUUAUGUCAAGAUACUGUGGGACAACAUCACGCCUAAAGAUAUGAAAAGUAAUUUUCAGAAGCAACCGUACUCAAACGUGGAUUCUAUGAACAGUCCGUAUGAUUAUCUCAGCAUCAUGCAUUAUCAUAAAGAUGGGUUUGCCAAACGGGGAACACUGACCAUUGAAACUUUGGACAAACGCUUUCAAGACAAGAUUGGACAGCGAGAUGGUUUCAGUCCAUCUGAUAUAAAACAAAUAAAUAAAUUAUAUAAAUGCGGAAAAAAUUUUGUGACGCAGCCACCACUAAGAACGCAGGUUCCAGUUUGCAAAGAUAAAAAUCCUAAUUGUGGAUUUUACCUUCGAUUUUGCAAGGAUCCUUCUUGGAGAGACAGCAUGAAGAAAGAUUGUAAAUUUACAUGUAGUUUUUGUGACAGUUCAUAAAUAAUUAACUGCUCAUGUUUUUAAGCAA